GCCAUACACACGUUAUAGCAAUCUGUCUAACGCGUCAGCUUCCUUGCUAGAACACAGCACACUCCACGACAAAACCACGACUCUUCCGCAUACAGUGAGGAUCUAAUCCACAGGACGAGCGUGCACGCGUCUCUCAGCGAAAAGCGGAGGACAGAUCUCAUGAUGGACUCCCCAACGAGCGCGGACUUCGAUCUUCGCGAUAGCUGGUCGCGCACAGGGGAGUUCGGGAUGAAAGGAACAAAACUCUACAGACUGACUGCAGUGUGUCUGGGGCUUCUGAGUGGCCUUCUGCUGAUAGUCAUCAUAGCGCUCUGUGUCCACCAUAAUGGAGUGGUCAACAAUACCACAGAGAGUCUGAUGACCCUUAAAGCAGAGAGCCAGGAACUACAGACCAAUUGCAGCGCGGUUUUAGCAGAGAGAGACCAACUACAGACCAAUUACAGCAUGGUUUUAGCAGAGAGAGACCAACUACAGACCAAUUACAGCAUGGUUUUAGCAGAAAGAGACAUGUUUCAGAAGAGGCUGAAUGUUUUGCAGCCUGCUUGCCCUGUGGGCUGGACACAGUUCAACAGCAGUUUGUACUUCAAAUCCAAACAGAAAAGGAACUGGAUUGAGAGCCGGCAGUACUGCCUUGACAAAGGAGCGGACCUGGUAAUCAUCAACAGCUAUAAGGAACAGGAGUUCCUGAAUGGAUUAAUGAAAACACUUCAUUUCUGGAUUGGCCUGAGUGACAGAGAUAAAGAAUCAAGCUGGACUUGGGUAGACGGCACACCAUUAACAUCAGGGUCCUGGAAGAGCGGAGAACCUAAUGAUGCUGACAAGACAGAGGACUGUGCCACAAGUGAGCCUGAAUCUGACAUCUACUCUAAUUGGAACGACAUGCCCUGCUCCAGUAAUAAGAACUGGGUUUGUGAAAGAUCAGUGUGUCAGUAAAUGUACCAUCUCUCUCUGCCUCUCUCUCUCUCUCUCUCUCACACACACACACACUUAAUACUCUGGGAACAUAAAAAUGAAGAUUUUUUAGUUUUACUAAAUAAAAUGGAUAAGGAAACAUACCUAGUCUGACAUCACUGCACCCUACAAAAAUAUGUAGGGGGAAACAUCUUGGGAGUAAUUUUCAUUAAUUGUAUUUAGUAAGUCUGUUACUUUUAGCUUUGGCAAUUACUGCAUAUCAAUGUUCCCCAAGUCUUUAUACUCAGUGUUAACUAUAUUAAUCCUAUUUCAUCUCAUGUAGAAUGACUUUCCUUGGCUGUUCAUUCGAUACUGAAAUUAUUAAAUGACUACUUUUCACCUAAAGUGAUAUAGACAGAUUUUGGAUAAUAAAUAGAUCUGGAAACCAUA